UGGGGAGGGGUAUGGAUGGGAGAGACAGAAGAGGCAGAGUAAUCACUGAAAGGCAGAGAGCAAGUCUGCGAAAGAUACAGGGAGAGACAGGGUGUGCGUGCGUGUGUACUGGGCAGAUGCUCAAGACCUUCCAGUUUUUGGCUCACCCCCCCCUGGUGCAUGUGUGCGAGAGUGUGACUGCGUGUGCAUGAGCGAGAGGAGAAGAAGAGGACAGAAAGAAGAAGAAGAGAGGGGGGAUAAAACGAAAGAGAGAGACGAGAAAAAAAGAAGGAAAAAAGCAGGAAGGAGAAGAGAGAACACACAAUAACCCAACCAUGCUGUGCUGUAUGAGAAGGACCAAGCAGGUUGAAAAGAAUGAAGAUGGAGAUCAAAAAAUUGAACAAGAUGCCAAUAAGCCAGAAGAUAAAGCUCACAAGGCAGCCACCAAAAUCCAGGCCAGCUUCCGUGGACAUAUAAUCAGGAAAAAGCUGAAGGGAGGAGACAAGAAGGGAGACGAAAACACCGGGGAGGCCGUGGAGAACCACAAAGAUGAUGCCAAGGAAGAGCCGGGAAAGACAGAAAACGAAGCCUCCAAGACGGAGGAACCCACCGCUGAUGGGCCUCUGUCUGAAGAUGAUAAGAAAAAGGCUGAAAGUUCUGCAGCAGAAGAUAAGAAGGAAGCCGCCUCAGAAGAGGAAGCCAAAAACACAGAAAAGUCUCAAAAUACCCCUUCAGAAGAGAAACAUGCCUCGGGGGAGACAGAAAGUACCACAAAAGGUACCACCGAGAACUCCUCAGGCAAUGAUUCCAACCAAGUUAAGGAUGAGUCCAAACAAGCUGAUGUGCCUGCUAGCAACCAGGAAACUGCCCCGGCGAAAGACCAAGAGACAGCAGACAGCAGCCAAGGGGAAGAGAAGAAAGGCGGUCCUGCCGCCUCCACGUAAGGAACAUUAGCCAAAUCCACCCAAGAUGCAUCAAAACCCUUAAUUCACUCCCUCGUCAUCUCCCAUCUUGACUACUGCAACCUUCUUCUCACUGAAGUGUCUUAAUCUCAUUGUACGAAAAAAAUGUCACCACCACGGUCAUCUUCCUCACCCAUCGGUCCUCGUCAGCUUCUUGUUUGAUCAAAACCGAAACUGAAUAUUUAGACUAUUACAAAUUUGCCCCCCCCUUUCAAUUUUGGCCUUAUAAGUAAUUACCCCUCUAUGUGACCGUCGUUUCCCCCAUUGACUCUCCUAUUGUUCCUCAAGACUUUUCCAGCGCUACCAAAAACCAAUGGAACCCAACACAAUCAGAGCUCCAGACAUUCUUCCUUUCCCUUAUAUUUUCCGAUUCUCCAUCGAAAUUUCCUUCAAGAGAAGUCCCAGCUCAAAGAGCCAUCCGGUAUCCUCCACCUUAUCUGUGGGAAUUCUUUUCAGGCUCCCUCUCUAUUCUCCACCGCUCCUGACAUCCAACUGUAUUGGUUUAUCUCUGUCAUAUCAAGUAUUGUGAUAUUCUUUGUCAUAACGUCUACAAAACACAUUGAUCUUGUAUGAAUAAAUUCCAAUUGUAAUCACCCCCCCCAAAUAUUAUUAUUAUUAUUAUUAUUUUUGAUAACCUUUUAUCUUUUAAAUGUUUAAGAUAUUUUAUGGCAUACCCUCCGUACACUACCAAUGCCUAUAGAGUACACCGUCUGUAGUGGUACCUCAGGGGCGGGUUUAAUUGUUGCCCCACCUAUCUCACCCAACCACCUUCUGUUUCGACUGAUCUUCAGCUAUUUCCCGCCUAUUAUAUGCAGUUGCUCCUCCUACAUUUUUUUUAUACUGUGCCUAGGGGUGCUUGUCCCUGAAAAUUGUGUUUGUUAACAAACUUUGUACAUUUUAGUGUCUCCUGAUUGUCUGUUGGUAGGAAGACCUCCAAGUUGUGUUACACGUUAAUUAAACCUGAUAUGCAAAAGAAGCCAAGACAAUUAUCCUCAUCCUGAAAGUAAUUAACGCAAUGUUCUUAAUAGCGGCAAUCGCCAAUCAAUCUCCAUAAUUGUGAUUAGAUUAACUAUUUUACUGCCAUGUUAAGUCAUUAUUUGAUUAAACCGAGCCAUCUCCAUGCUUGAAUUAUG